GCUGCCGGCUCCGCGCCCCGGCCGUUGUCGCCUCUUCUUCCCGGCUUCUCUCAUCAUCCUUCGCCUCCCCGUCCUUCUCUUCAUCCCCGGCCCCUCGGCGCUUCCCUCUCUGGCUCUUGCUCCCCUCCCCCUACUCCUGUCCUUCCUCUUUUUCGCCUUAUAACCCCACUUUCUUCUGCUCACCUUUGGGGCUCUCUUUUCUAGGCCCUUCUCUUUUUCUCUAAAAAAAAAAAAGGGGGAAACAAAAACCCCAUCGCCGCAAAUGAGAAUUGUGAGCGUAACUCCUUUCGCCAACGCCAGAGACCUUUUAAAGGAAUGCAUCAGUGUGCCGGGAUGGUGGCGGUGAGGAGACCGAGGUUCUCAGUGUCUGGGAAAUCUGACCGAGAGGUCCCUGUUUCGGUCGUUUCCCUCGUGUCACUCGGGUCGUCAGUUUGGAGAUACUGAGGGCGUCUGAAGCGGGCCGAUCUCUCUUUCUUCCUUAAAGUCUACACGACCGCAGUGAGACGCGGUGCGGGGACGGCCACCGAUUAGGAGGUGGGAAUUAUUUGCUAAAUGUAUUGUGACAUACCCGGUGCCUCGGUGAACAGCUCCCUUGACCUUGUGCGGCUCCUCCACCCCCCCCCCCACCCCGCUCUCUGUCCCCCUCUGGAAUUUCCCCGAGAGAUCACCAAGAAAGACAGGACAGACUCCAGUGUGAGAAUGGCUUUGACUUUGGAAGAAGCGCCUUGGCUGGGCUGGAUGUUGGUGAAAGCACUGAUGAGGUUUGCCUUCAUGGUCGUCAACAACCUGGUUGCUAUUCCAUCCUACAUCUGCUAUUUAAUUAUACUUCAGCCCCUUCGAGUGCUGGACAGUAAGCGGUUCUGGUAUAUUGAAGGAAUCAUGUAUAAAUGGCUGUUAGGAAUGGUGGCUUCCUGGGGAUGGUAUGCUGGAUAUACAGUGAUGGAAUGGGGGGAAGAUAUUAAGGCAGUUUCAAAAGAUGAAGCAGUGAUGCUGGUGAAUCAUCAGGCAACAGGAGAUGUAUGCACACUGAUGAUGUGCCUCCAGGACAAAGGACUGGUUGUGGCUCAAAUGAUGUGGUUGAUGGAUCAUAUUUUUAAGUACACAAACUUUGGAAUUGUUUCUUUACUUCAUGGAGACUUCUUUAUUAGACAGGGAAGAUCUUAUCGUGACCAACAGCUGCUGCUUCUCAAAAAGCAUUUAGAAAAUAAUUACAGGAGCAGAGAUCGAAAAUGGAUUGUUUUGUUUCCAGAAGGGGGCUUCCUCAGGAAGAGGCGAGAAACAAGUCAGGCAUUUGCCAAGAAAAAUAACUUGCCGUUUCUCACACAUGUCACUCUGCCAAGAUCUGGGGCAACACAAAUUAUUUUGAGUGCACUUGUAGCACCACAGGAAAAUGGAAGUACAGCAGGAGGAGAUGCUAAAGAAUUAGACAGAAAAUCGAAAGGCCUCCAGUGGAUAAUAGAUACAACUAUAGCUUAUCCCAAAGCUGAACCUAUAGAUAUUCAAACCUGGAUCCUUGGAUACAGGAAACCAACAGUCACACAUGUACAUUACAGGCUCUUUCCAAUUAAAGAUGUACCCUUGGAGACUGAUGACCUUACCAAGUGGCUCUAUCAACGAUUUAUUGAAAAAGAGGAUCUCUUAUCACAUUUUUAUGAAACAGGAGCUUUUCCACCUUCCAAGGGCAAUAAGGAAGCUGUUUCCAGGGAGAUGACACUCAGCAACAUGUGGAUAUUUCUCAUACAGUCUUUUGCAUUUUUGUCAGGCUAUAUGUGGUAUAACAUCAUUCAGUAUUUUUACCAUUGCCUGUUUUAGGAACUGACUUGGACUUGUCAAGGUCACCAUAGGAGUUCAGACUUUCUUUCAUAAGUGUGCAUUAUUUUACAUGUGCAAAUCAGAAUAUAUGAAAAGCAAAAGAAAUUCAGUGGAUGGAUUAAUAUUUAUCCCCCUUUGGGAUAUUUUAAAACUCUACUAAAAUGAGAAUUAGUAAUAUAAUGACCUGCUAAUAUAUUUUAAGAACUCUUCAUGUUUUAAAAAGAUACACUCUAGUACAUAUUUAAGCAAACAUCACAUUUGGAGAAGAGGAAAUCAUAAAAUUAUCCUAGAAGACUAUCUGAGAGAAAUUCUGUUGCCACCAGAUUUACUUGAUAAUUUAGUUCAAGCUCAGAAAGUUAUAUUUAUCCCUCUUAGCUAGUAGUCUGUAUUAGGGCAGUACUCUAGGCCCUCAAUUCCACCAACUCGUGCCAUGUUACUAAAAACCUUGAGGGGAGCUGGCUGGCACCUUCUGAAGAACUGUUCCUUGUCAUUUGCAGUAACAAACUCCAGUCCUCAACAAGUAGCUGAGGUACAUUGUUGGCAUUCUCUGCAUGGGAAAAGCAGUGUCCUUUGGACCCAUUCUGAUGCUGGAAUGUGUUCUUUACAAAGGUUAGCUUAGUCCAACACCAUGUUUACAUGCACUCAUGCUUUUCCUUACCUGAUUUCUCAUUUUGUAUGAAAGGCAUAUCAUAGAUCGAUAAUUGCAUUUUACAUAAUGCACUUUUAUCAGAUGCGGAUAUAGCAGAGGGUUAGCGGUAUAGCCUGAAAACAAAUGUGAGCAUUCUCUAGAGGCUAUCCUGUCUGCAUGUUUAUGUGCCUGCUGAGGCUCUCCAGACCACCCUGCCUUGGGCAUCACCGUGACAUGAUGCCUCUGUUGUAGCUCAGAGGCUUUUAUUUUUUCCAUUUUGACAUUAGCACUGAAUGCAUUUGGGGAUGGUUGGGACAAAUUAGUAUCAAACAUUUAAAUGAUCAAUUUAAGGGGAAGUAAGUUAGUUUAUUAGAAAAAUAAGAGAUAGUGACUUAGAAUGGUGACAGGUUCUCACAUGGCAACCCCAGAACCUGUGCAGAUAAUAGUGUAUUCUAUCAUCACUUCAAGGAGCUACCCCUAUCAGGGUAGGUGUAGCCAGGAGAGAGACCACAAAAGGCUUACCAAUCUCUUCCAAUUGCAUUUGAAGAAGAUAAAGUCAUGUUUCUAUUUCCAGAAAACACUUUUUAAAUUUUGUCACUAUGUUCAUGUGGUUUACCUCACAGGAGAAACCAUACUCUUCUCAAAAAGUGCUGGCACUGCAUUAGUGUAAGACAGAGUAUGUUUUCUGGCAUGGGAUUGUAAAACCAUUAAGAUCCUAGUAAGUCAGUGAUAGUUUUCUGUGAUAUGAUUAUUAUUAUAGAUUACCCUGUUGUCACUAAUCACACAAAUAACAAUUCUGAGAAAUAGACUAUAAAACAAAAAUAAAGGCUAUUUUCUACUUUUAAAUAAACCAAAAAAAAAAACUGAAAAUAUGUGAAUUUUCCCCCAGUUAUGUGGGAAAGGUAAAGCAACACCAAAUAAAAGCCCACAGCAGCUUCGUAUUUAGGAUAACUCAGUGCAUAUGUGAAAGAAAAUGACAUGUUAACUGAAAUACCUCAUUGAAUAUUAUACUACUACUGCUAAAAUGCAGAAGACAGUGUUAGUGUGUUUGGUUUAGUAAUGGUUGUUAUAAAUGCUGUUUUCUUGAAAUAUAAGCAUUUCACAUGUGUUCUACAGUGACAGUCAAUAAAUGAAACCAAUCUGAAUUUAGAGGUAUGGAUGAUGAUAGGAAGCCAAAGAGAAGCUCAACAAUGCUUCUGUUUGAGGCCCAGCAAACACUACCAAAUUACAAGAUGAAUUGGAAUUGUUCAUUUGAGAGAUUAGUCAGCCAUCUGGGGGAAAAGCUGCUCACUGUCAAGGAUAAGCAUACACAGUCCUAGCUAAUAGACUUUUUCCUCAUUGCUAUAGCAAGCCACAGGGUAGAGUGGCCAGUUCUCCUAUCCAAAAAAAAAAAAUACAUAUUUAAAUAUGGCUUAGGGCCACUUUUGCCAUCACUGUGCUCCAAAGGAACAUGAUGUUGUUAAAUAUACUGUACACAUUACAAAAACUAUCCUGUAAGAUGCUUUACUUUUCAAGUGCAGUGUCAUUUCCACAGUCUCUAGAGUGACAAAUACCAAUAGAUGUGUGAGUUAAUUUUUGAAAAUAGAUCUGUGAGUUGUAAAUAGGUAUGUAUUUGAUCUGCCCUGUCCCUCUUUGAUUCUUUAUCAACAUGUUCUCUCUCUUCUGUUUGCAAAAUAUGUUUGUUUGAGAGCAUUGAUAGUGCUUUCCUCAUCAGUAACUGGAGUUCUCCUGCUUGCACUAGAGAAUGUAAAAGAGAGAAUCAGUGUUCUUAUAUGGCAAUCUGAGGAAGCAGCAGUAUGCUACUAUACAGAACUGAAUAAAAAUUCCUGAUUUGUACUUUCUUUGUGAAGUGAGAUGAAAGGAGGUUUAAAGAAUAUAUUUUUUGUCAAGAGGAAAGAAAAUAAAACUGUGCCAGUUUUAUACCACUAGCUUCUGGAAUCUCUGCACUUCUGGGUCUUGGCUGGACUGCCUGGAUUCUCACAGCAGCAGAGUUGAAACUCAUUGCUGGAAUCCUGGUAUCAACAAGUCAUAGCGAUGGAGCAUCUGCUUGGCCACAGAGGUGUAGUGCCACAAAAGUGACCAAGCCAGCGGUUCACUCUUCAAAAACAAUUGUUGGUGUUGAAAUAUACAUAUAUGGUAUAGGAAUCUAUAAGCAGUGGAAAACAAAGAAAAAUUACUUGAAUAUGGAGUGGAAAAGGACGUUUUAAGUGGGCAAAUUAGUUGAGAAUCUGAACAGUUGAUUUUUUAAAAGUUAUGAGUUCAGAUCGGUCAUAUUAUUCAUUUUUAAUAUUACAGCUGAUCCUUAAUUUUCCACAGUAAAGGAAGUAGGGAUUACUGGAUGAUUGAUUGUUAAUUACUGGUUAAUUCAGUAAUAAGCCAAAAACCUAAUUUUAUUUAGGAGUUUGAAUUUUUAUUUUCAUCAAACUUUCCUUCCGAAUGCUUACUAAUUAAAAACUGAUUUCAGUUUUUUAUAGCUUAUUUUUCCUAUGUGUUUAUGACUAUGUUAACAAUAGUGAAAUAAUGUGGAAAAAUAGACAGCUGUCAGGAAGAGGGUAUACAAAAACCUGAAUAAUCUAUGGGCUAGAAAAGGCAUCCCUGAAUAAUCAAGAGUUGGCAGCAUUGGCAGUACUCUCAUGUCUUGUGAAAAUAAAAUCUUGAGUCACCAAAUGCGAACUUCAGAACAUCAUACUAGCAUUGCUGUUUUUUGGAUUGAUGUAAGAACACCUCUUCACUCCUUGCUCAUGUUGCUUCCUUCUUGUGGAUUUGUCUUGGUAAUGUUUUUUUGACAAUCAUUUUCCUGAAGACUCUUCUGAACUAGUUGGACCUGGUUAUAGUCAUAGAAAGUAGUCUUUAAUCAUGAGUAGUCUUCUUGGAUUCCUUUUAUAUUUAAGAUGAAAAUGUUUUAUUUGCACUACUGAAUAGGAAGAGUUAAUUGUUUUCUUUGUUCUUUUGGAGUCUUUACACAGGACUUUACUCCAGAGUUACCAUUGUGAGUGCAUUCAGCUCUGGUCCACAAAGGAUGGAUAAAAAUGAUCUGUGGUAUUGUUUUGCCCUGCAGUGCUGUGAGCCUUACAUCUGUCAACAUGAAGGGCAAAGUCAAAAACAGCACUGGGCAGCAGGAAAGGUAGAGACUACUAUGUUUGGGACCAAAACCACCUAAGUUGGAAAUUUCUAGAUCCCAAAGGGGCCAGGUAUUCUCUGGAGCAGUCAUUGGUUGGUGCUUUAUUGUAAUUAUUUUGCAUCAAUCCCCAACAAUUAGGAACUGGACCCUGAGAAUAAGCUGAGGGUGCUAAACUGUUGGGGGAGGGUGACUGUAGCCAUAUGGAAGACAAAAUAUGGAUUUUUCUGCAAAAUUUCCAUCUGAGGAUUUUUACAUUUAAUAUUUUUUUAAGACAGUUUAAAGAGCAAAAAAAUGUAUGUGUAUUCUAGUUGCAAAGUGUGCACACAUAUCUUGAAUGGCUUUAUUUUUAUUGUAUAAAACUGUUAAACACAUGACUGUGAUGCACAAAUUCUUUACAUGUAAGGAGUCUAUGCAUUUAACAGUAAUUUAUUUUAUGAUUGGGUAAUGAGACAGUUAUACAUUUAACUGCCAUUAUUUUUAUUAAGUGCUUUCAUUUUCUUUACAGUUAUUACAAAAUUGUAUUUAUUUUAUACAGAUGGAUUUUCAUUUUCCUGAUGCUGUAAUGUUUACUUCAGCUUGUUGACUUUUCUUUCUUUGUGUUAUCUGCAUGUUGUAACGUGUGAUAAGAUGAAUGUAAAAGGCUGUGGCAACUGUAAUUAAUUUUUGUAAAGGGCUGGUCACAUGUGGAUCUGGUUUAUGAAUGCAUUUGGGAUGAUUUUAGUAACCAGAUCACCUUUUCAGAAAUUUAGAUGUGAACACCAAAAGAAGCAUUUUCUCAACAAAAAUUAAUAGCUGGUUCUAUUUUUUUUUAAACCUAGAAAAAAAUAAAGUUGAUUUUUUCCAAGUACAGUGCUUUUAAUUCUUAGUUGUGGGGAUGAGGUGUUUGUGUUUUUUUGGAGCUAUUUGGGCAUUAAUGUCUGUAGACAAGUACUGAAAGCAUACCAUGGCAGUUGGAUGCUGAAGGCAAACUGAAAAUCCAAGUGAAAAAAAAAGUUAGACUUCUUUCUUUGGUUCAAAAAUAUUUCCCCCCUUCUCUCCAUUCUUCCCAUCUAGUGGUGUGCUGGUAAAUGGUUAACAGUCCACUCUCCUGGGGAAGAAAAUUAUGUAUUCAAGUGUAUAUAAGUUUGUUAUAAAUUUUGCUGAUAGCAAGGAUGUAUGACAUAAUUAACAAAUGAUAAUGAUAUAAAUAAUUUGUUGUAGAUCCCAUAUAGCCCAGUUGAUUCUCACAGGAUACUUAAUUACUUCUUGCUAAACUCUUAUAGUCAAUUUAUGGUUGACUGCAUUUCAACCGUAAUUUGAAAAUGGCAUUACAUCCUAAUCUACUAACUCACUUCCCAGUAAAUCUAUUGUCAUUCAGUCUGAAACGUGAUCUACGAUUAAACUAUUUCUUACCCUUCGACGAAGUAUACUCAUUAAACUGAAACCGCUUUUAGCCUCAACACUAAUUUUAAGUUUAUGUAAUUUAAUUUUGAUAACAAUUGCUUAACAACUGCUGGCAAAAUUAUAAAAUGUAACUAUUAGCUCUGUGGAGCCAGUAGGAGCUAUAUCCAGCACACCACUGCCCCAUCUUAAUUGUGUCUGUGUUUCUUUUAACUAUUAAUGUUGAAUAAGCCUCUCAUAGUUGAUCUACUCGCUGAUCUCAGGAAAUUCUUAUUACUGACCCUGCAGAGGCUUUACAGGGUGAGAAAAACAUUAACAUCAGUCCUACAGAGUGAGCUUUUGAUUUUGAAGAGCUUGACAAAAGCAAACCUUUCCUGAAGUUUGCAUAUUUCUAAAGUUGGUUCUAUGCUUCCAUUUCUCAAAGCUAAGUAAGCUGUGGUGUAGACAUUUCUUAAGAUUUUGUUAGCAUUUGAAACAUCACUUGUUUAGAUAUUUGUAGAACAUAUUUGAUCCCGAUGAAAAUGAGUUAAAUAAUUGCAGUUGUCUACCUCUUCUUUUUCUGUGUAUAUUUGGGCUGCUAUUUUAGUGAGGUUCUAAUUUCUUUUUCCCCUGGAAGUACUUUCUGUGGAAGACAAAGAACUGUUGGGGACAGAGACCCCUAAACAGAUUUGAAGUACUCAGAGAUCUAUUGCUGACCAGCCCUAUUCCUCAUGAGUUGGGGGGGGGCAUUGUUUUUAAUUCCCACUUAAUAUGAAAUGCUUGUUUUUAAAAUGCUUCUUCCUGCUGUAAAAAAAAAGGUAUUUUUAAGAGGAAAAAAAAUUCUCUUUUGGCUCUAAGAAGAAGUCAGCUGUAUGAAUAGGUGUGGCCAUAUCAUAACAUGCUGAUACGAUAGAAAUCAAUAAAUUUUUACCUCUCAGGA